AUGAAAUUGUCGGCUCAAGCUAUUCUCAUUCUUCAUGCGAUUGUGACAGUAUCUUUACAACAGCCAACAGUAGGAAGGCAUUCCCGAUCUGUAAGGGAGGAAGCUAUUGAGGAUAUUGAUGGAUCCGGCCUAAAACGACCACUACUUGACAAUGGAGCCUUAAGUGAUGACUUUCCUCAAGAUCAUUCUGAAGUCGUUACGUUACACUCGGAUACACCCAACAUGCAGGAUCCUCUUCUCAUUGAUAUUAAAUAUGUCGCCGAUGAAGAGACACAAGUCGCGUCUCUUCAGGAUGAAAAUCUCUCCACGACUGAAAUCCAUCACCUCAACGUCCCAGGGGAAAAGGGGAUGGGUGAAGCGCUGUCGGUAAGAGAUCCAGGUGUGGCUGUGGAUCGACGGUUCGAACAAGCCCUAGCCCCGGCCAAACCUUCCAUACCUUUGCGAUCGACAAGAGUUAUUACAAUAUUGAUCGCGACAAAGACGAGCACUGACAUCGAUAGCGUAGUUUCACUGUCUUCCUACACAGAAUUUUUGGUCGUCAACGUGUCUCUACCUAUACACGCAAAUGACUUGAUCUCAAGGCUUGUCAAUGCCGCAAAUAAGGCUUCUUACAACGAAAAAUUGGAUAUCGCUCGUCGUCUCACCUCCUUUACUCACGAAUUGAUGUCAAGUAUAGAGGAAAAUCUUGCCAAUGCAAUGCUGAUUUAG